GAUUUCAUUCGACUGCACACAUUUGUGCAGCAGCCAUGUCGAGACGAGCGGAAGGCCAGCUCUUUGUGGGUCGUCUCAGCAAGAGCACUCGAGUGCGAGAUCUCGAGGAUUUAUUUGAGCCUUAUGGCAGACUGUUAAGAUGUGAUGUUAAAUAUGGUGCUGAAAUGGCUUAUGCAUUUAUUGAUUUUGAAGACCGUCGAGAUGGAGAGGAUGCUGUCAAGUAUGAGAAUGGGCGUGAACUUUGUGGCUCCAGCAUUAUAGUGGAGUGGGCUAAGGGCAACCCAAGGCGACCUUUGGUAAGACAGCCAUUCAACUGGGAUGUAGAGAAGCCGGUCCGUAGGGCGGAUAAUGGAUAUGAUGAGUGCUAUCGCUGCCACCGUCCAGGGCACUGGGCCCGAGAUUGUCCAGAUGACCGGUCUUUCGGUCCCCGGAGGUCGAGCAGAAGCAGUCGAUACAGAUCUCAAUCACCAAGGAGAAGGGGGAGCUACCGAUCCCGAUCUAGAUCCCGAUCUCGAAGAAGUCGGAGCCGAGAAAGGAGGAAGAGGAGCCGAAGUCGCAGCCGAAGCCGUGACAGACAUAGUAAACGUAGUCGCCACAGCAGCAGAAGCAGAAGCCGUAGCAGGGACAAGAAGAAGAGAGCAUCUCGGAGUCGAUCUCGAAGCAGGUCUGAAAAGAAAUCUGUCAGCAAGUCUAAAAGUCGCUCCAAAUCCAGAAGUCGUUCCAAAAGUAUAUCGGUGGAAAAAACGAAUGGUGAGCAGGAAGAACAUGAUGAGUCUGACGCCUCUAGAACCUCAUCUCCUGCAAGAAGCAAUGAAAGGAGCCCUUCUCCAAGUCCUGCUGAUGACUGAGUUUUCCCCGAGUCCAUGCCUGCUUUGUCCCAACCCUCCCACUGUGAAGGGAACGGACACUUGGCAGAAGUGGAUAGUUCCUACAGGUCAUGACAGUCAACACGAGUCAUUUCUUUUGACAUGAUGCCAUCCAUUUCCUAACCUCUUUGUUGGUUUUACCAUAGAUUGUAUUUUUGCAUCAAAGAUAAUUGAGAAAUGUUUUAAUUCCUUACCCUAGGUGUCCUAGAAUUUGAGAAAGCAGCAUUUAUCCCCAGAAAACAGCAUUUACCCCUAGAAAACAGGAUUUUGAUAAGGUGUUGUUUGAAUUACUGUUGUUUUCAUGGUUGUUGUUGCUUGCAGUAGGCGGAAUACAUAAUGGCAAUGUUUGACGGUGCAGGCACUGUAUUUCUGACGGUGGCUAGCUGUAGGCCCAGGGCUGAUGAGAUCUUUUUUCCUGUUUUUGCAUGCUAAAUGACAAGACAAAUAUGAAGUUUUAUAACUUUUAUGCUAGUGUAUAAACUAACAAGAUACACAUUUAAUUUGUGUUCUGGUCUGCAUGUCCGAUAUAUUAAGCUCACCUGUCGACUAAACCCAUGUCAGCUUGCAUCACAACCUGUUUGUCUGCCAUCUCCUAUGAAAGCUAUGGAUUGGUGAACACACAACUAAGCAUAUGUGUACCCACUAAUCAUGGUAGUAUGCUGCAGAUAUUGAUAACAAUAUUCUUGUUAAUAUGCAACAUGUAUCUUUCAAUGAAUACCCGAUACUUAAGUAUUGAUCUUGACAAGUAUCAUGCCUUACCUUAUGAAUAUAUUACCAGGUGAGCUUCAGUGAGUUGGUAUUUGUAUGUUGGAGUUGGUGUGUUUGAAAGGGCAUG